AGCCACCUUGGCUCAAGCAGCCUUCAAGUUCAGGGCCCGCUUCGGGGGAAGCGUCUCUCGCGCAGCUGCUCUCGGCCACGGGGCACGAGACCGCCGUCAGGAUGGCGGCGACACAGGACUGGGUGGCGAAGACCCUGAAGGCCCACAACGACCUCCGCGCGAGGCACGGCGCACCGCCGCUGCAGUGGAGCGACGAAUGCUUUCGGGCCGCCCAGGUGCAGGCGAGCGCCUGUCAGUCCCGCGGCGCCCUCUUCCACGGCAGCCAGCAGGGGCGCAGCGGCCGCCACGGCCAGAAUGCCUUCUUCGGCAGCAUGCCGGGCGCGGACGCCUCCGACGUGGUGCAGAUGUGGUACGACGAGGUUGCAAAGUACAACUUCGGUCGCCCGGGGUUCGCACCAGGCACGGGGCACUUCACGCAGGUGGUCUGGGCCGGCUCCACCCACGUAGGCAUGGCGAGGUCCGCCGACGGCCGGUAUGUGGUCGCCAACUACUUCCCGGCGGGCAACGUCACUAGCCCCGGUUGCUUCCAGCAAAACGUGAUGCCAGCGGGCACCAAGGCCGCCGCCAAGCCUGCUGGCGGUGCCUCUCCGGCCGUGUCUCCGAGCGGCGCCUCGCCCGGCAAGGCCUCGCCCGGCAAGGCCUCGCCCGAGCGCUCAGGGUUGGGUUGGCUGGGGCGGCUCGGCAGGCCGUUCCGCCGCAACGAGAGACCCGCGCCGUCCUCCCCUGGCGGCGGCGGCAGGGUGCUCUUGGGCGCAGGUGGCGCACAGGCCGGGAGGAUCUUGCACGGGACAGUGAAGGCUUCCGGAUGGACGCCGGAGGUGCUGGCAGCUUUGGAGGGCGUGCCUUCGCCAGAGGCGCGCAACACGGUGCAGAGGGGUUUGGCCGAGGGCGCUGCGGUGACCAUCGAGCGGCAGGCCCAGAGCAUCGCCGUGACCACGGAGAAGGCCGGCAUGACCAGGCGGUGGAACAUGAGGUGGGGAUAGGCGCGGCACGGCUCCGAGGACAGCCGGGGAGCGACAGGUCGCGAAAGCAGCCUCGGGUGUUUUCUUUGUCUGUGUCCAAGCACCGACCAGUCAGUGCUCUUUCCACGGCCCGCCUCUCCACCCAGAUCCUGCACCAGGCCGUCUAAGCCAGGGCUUCGGCCCGCAACUGCCGUUUCAAAUUCUUGAUCUGGGUUGGCCUCGUUACAGUUCAUGGCCGAGCCCAUCGCUUCUGCCUCCAUCAGCCCCGCUCCCACCCCUCGCACCGCGGAUAGACGAUGGACUUUAGACGACGUAAUGAGUAGUAUCUUUACUGGCCAGCAUGCACCCCACCGCGGUGCGCCAGCAACGCUCACUGGCACCACAAUUCUGCAAUCCUCUGCAUAAGUCAGGGAUGCACAGCUUCCGGAAUUUGGAACGCGACGCAGCGAAGAUUGGGUUGUCUGAUGUUGAGCCAUCUUUUGCUUCAGCUGACGCCGCCUGAAACAAGCAAGAACGGAGGAACAAAUAUGCCCC